CCGGCCCUGCUUCUCGCUCGUAGGUGCCGCCGGAGCUUGCUUUUGGGGAGGUAAUUCAUGAGCUAGCUUUAUUUCCACCAUCGAUCACGCAUGUCCGCAUUGGUUCUGGAUCCUCGAUCUGCUUGUUGCCGAUUUCUCUCGAUCUGGGGAUCAUAUCCAUCAACGAAUCCGUUUCCGAUCUUCGAUUUCUUUUCGUUAGCAAAUCAAAUAAUUUGUGCUGUUCCUCUCUCUGAUAAGAGAAUGUGAUCAUCUGUCCUGUGAUGCUGGGGCACAAAAUGGCGAAUGAAUCCAGGUCAUGCGGCAUGAUCUGCUGACCGCCCCCAAAUCAACCCCGCGCAUCGUCGUCAUCCAGUCCGGCGAGGAGGAGGAGGAGGAGGAGGAGGAGAGGAGCCAGAGAUGUCUUGCUGCGGAGGCGCCGAGGAGGACAGCUACGGCCCGCCGGCCAACCAGGCGGCUCCGCCACCCAAUGCCAACGCCCCCGGCAACAGAGGCGGGCCGAGGGGGCCGGGCGCGCCCAGGCCUGGGGGCCCCGCCAAGCCCGUCAGCAUCGACGUGCCCGCCAUACCCUUCGACGAGCUCAAGAAGAUCACCAACAACUUCAGCGACCGUGCCCUCAUCGGCGAGGGCUCCUACGGCCGCGUCUACAACGCCACGCUCAGCGACGGCCGCGCCGCCGUCAUCAAGAAGCUCGACACCAGCGCAUCGCAGGACUCCGACUCCGACUUCGCCGCGCAGAUAGCGAUGGUCUCCAAGCUCAAGAACGAGUACUUCCUCGAGCUCAUGGGGUACUGCUUGGAGGAUGGCAACCGCAUGCUGGCCUAUCAGUUUGCCACCAUGGGUUCUUUGCAUAACAUACUACACGGGAAGAAAGGAGUUCAGGGUGCCGAGCCCGGUCCGGUCCUGAACUGGUUGCAGCGAGUGAAGAUAGCUUACGGAGCGGCGAGAGGGCUAGAGUACCUCCACGAGAAAGUCCAGCCGUCGAUUGUGCAUCGAGAUAUUCGGUCCAGCAACGUUCUUAUAUUCGACGACUUCAGCUCCAAGAUUGCUGAUUUCAACCUGACCAACCAGGGGACCGACACCGCUGCCCGGUUGCACUCGACCCGUGUGCUAGGAACGUUUGGAUACCAUGCCCCAGAAUAUGCUAUGACGGGCCAAAUCAACCAAAAGAGUGAUGUAUACAGUUUUGGUGUGAUUCUCCUAGAGCUACUGACAGGAAGGAAACCGGUCGAUCACACCAUGCCGAAAGGGCAGCAAAGUCUUGUUACUUGGGCCACUCCAAGGUUGAGUGAAGAUAAAGUGAAGCAGUGUGUUGAUCCCAAGCUCAACAACGACUACCCUCCAAAGGCUGUCGCAAAGCUGGCAGCUGUUGCAGCGUUGUGCGUUCAGUAUGAAUCCGACUUCCGACCGAACAUGACCAUCGUCGUGAAGGCAAUCCAGCCUCUUCUAAAUGCUCCCAAACCAGCCGCUCCAGCAGCGCCACAAUCCUGAUCAAUCGGAUGAGAGUAUUAGUCUUGCACAUUGCUGAUUCCUGAACUUGGUUCCCCUCUGUUUCUGAUUGCAAAUGUAUGUUUUAAGGAACCACGCAUCCUUGCUCCAUCAGUCCAGCGCCUAUGCUUCUGUAAAAAGCCACUUAUCUGCCAGUACUGCAGGAUACAUAUAGGGGAAUUUUGUAAAAUGUUAAUCUGGUACGCUGAAUUAGCGUGUUUUUUUUGUAUGUCUCGUGAGUGUGACAUAACAUGUGCAUUUUUUUUGCAA